ACACCACCUUACAAGGCUGGUAUGCCUCUUGAAACUCUUUCGGUCCACAAUUCAUUUCCCACCUCUUAGUAGCCGCAGCGGUUGGUUCUCGGGUUUUUUUUUUUGUUUUCCGCCGAUAAUUCAAUCGCUGAAUUUUUUUUCCGGGCAUGUGGGAUGGAAUCCGGCAACGAUAAUAUCAUCGCCCCUUUUGUUAUGAAGACUUACCAAAUGGUGAACGACCCUUCCACCGACGGACUCAUCGCUUGGGGUAAAGCCAACAACAGCUUCAUCGUCAUCGACCCUUUGGAUUUCUCUCAAAGAAUCCUCCCUGCUUAUUUCAAACACAACAAUUUCUCUAGCUUUGUCCGCCAGCUCAACACUUACGGUUUUAGAAAAGUGGAUCCAGACAAAUGGGCUUUUGCGAAUGAAUGGUUCUUAAGGGGGCAAAUACAUUUACUCAAGAACAUUGCGAGGAGGAAGCACAACAAUAACAACAACAAUUGUAGCAAUUAUGGUGGGAGGAGCUCGAGCAGUAGUGGAUACAAAAAUGAGGAAAUUGGGGGAGAAGAUAAUGAUCAAGGGAUAAUAAUGGAAAUUGCAGCUUUAAGGCAAGAACAGAAGGAUUUAGAGCAAGUGAUCUCCAGGAUGAACAAAAGGCUAGAGGCAACAGAGAGGAGGCCCCAGCAAAUGAUGGCUUUCUUGAGUAAAGUUGCUGAAGACCCUCAAUUCAUCCCACGAGUGAUGCUCGAAAAGGAGAAAAACAAAAGGCUCAAUUUGAGCGGCGGAGAGAAGAAGCGGCGGCUCUUGAUUUCCUCCGCCCCGUCUUUAUCAUCCCCUUCUUCUUCCUCCUCCGGAAUGGCGUUGACGACCACCAGUACUUCCUCUUUCAAGAGCGAAGAAGAAGAAGAGGACGACGCCAAUUUCGCCGUGGAAAAUCUCUCGCCGGACACCUCGUCGUCUUCGUGGUUCAGCCAGAAACAACCCACGCCGACGAGUCAGUGUUUCGUAGCCGAGGAAUCAUCUCUCGACAGGGGAGUCAAUAAUAUUAUGUCCGCCGCCUUCACGGUGUCUCCACCGCCGGCGCAACCGCCGUACGACAGCUCGGCGGUGUUUGAGCAGAAGUACUUUAAUUAUAGGGAUAUAGGUUAUCCGGGCGGCGGCGUUGGGCUUGUGGUGGAAGAUGAGGCCGGUAGCGCACCGCCGCCUUAUCCGUUCUCACUGUUAGGUGGCGGUUUCUAGUUUAAUUUCACUGCUACUACUAAUAUUAUUAUUUAUUUAUCUAUUAGUCCUUGGUAUUAUUAUAAUACUCUUUUUUUUUUUUUGGUCGUUUACUAUUGUUAGCCAUAAUUCUAGAGGACACGUGGCUGGAGCUCUUAGGAUUAUUAGGACAUCAUGGUUUGGAUGGUUUGUUUGUAGUUUGUACUACCAUAGUUAGGAGUUGAUGAAGGUUAGUGUACAACCAUAGGAAUCAAAAGAGAAAAUAUGGUAAAAUAGCAAAGAUAGGUGUAAAAAAUUGUACAUUCUAUAUUGACGAUGGCGUAUUAUUUGGUCACUUGUCUAGGAUGCUAGCAACUAUUUGAUUUACAUGAUGUACCAUGAGCCAAUAAUAAUGGAAGUAUGAGACUUCUAAUUUAGUCUAUAUUUAUUUAAAGGUAAAGAUUCUUUUCCUUUGGAAAUAACCAACACCUUAGAAUGAUUAAAGAUGCCUUGGAAACUCUAUGACGGAUAAAAUAAAGC